AUGCAGCGCCGGAAACCCCACACCUAUAUAUACGCCACCCUCACGCUUGCCUUCUUCUUGCAACUCCUCACACCAUCUCCCUUUAUUCACUCCUCACCUCCGCACACACUCUGCUUCUCUCUGAGCUCCUCUACUCUGUUUCACUGCCCACUCGUCGUCUCCAGCGCGCGCAUAAAAAUGGAGGGGUGGACGCGCGGGAAAUGCAUCGGGAAGGGCGCGUUCGGCACCGUGCACUUGGCCGUCCACAGGGCCACCGGCCGCGCCUUCGCGGUCAAGUCGGUCCACGCCAAGGGCGCCGCGCCGGCUGCCGCGAUGGCGUGCCUGGAGACCGAGAUAAGGAUCUUGAGGCGGCUGUCCUCGCCGUACGUCGUGGCGUACCUCGGUGACGACGCCACGGCUUCGUCUAGGAACCUGCACAUGGAGCUCGUCUCGGGCGGGAGCGCGGCGGCGAGGGGCGCGGCCGGCCUUGGCGAGCGCGCGGCGCGGUGCGUCCUGCGGCGGGUCGCCGCCGCCCUGCACUACCUCCACGACGUCGCCGGGGUCGUGCACGGGGACGUGAAGGGGCGGAACGUGCUCGUCGGCGGCGACGGUGCCGAGUACGGCAGCUCCAAGCUCGCCGAUUUCGGCGCGGCGAGGCUUGUUUCAGAGCCGGCGCCGCGAGGGCCCCGUGGCACGCCGGCGUGGAUGGCGCCGGAGGUGGCCCGCGGCGGCGCGUCUACGCCGGCGUCCGACGUGUGGUCGCUCGGGUGCACGGCGGUGGAGCUGCUCACCGGGAAGCGGCCAUGGUCGGAGAUGGGCGGCGCCCUCGAGGUCGGCGAGCUGCUGCUCCACAUCGGUUACGGCGUGAAGCGACCGGAGCUCCCCGCGUGCCUCUCCGACUCCUGCAGCGACUUCCUCGACAAGUGCCUCCGCCGCGACGCUGGCGAGCGGUGGAGCUGCGAGCAGCUGCUGCGCCACCCGUUCCUCUCCGCGGACCCCCACGACGCCGGCGAGCCGUCGCCGUCCCCGUCCCCGCGAGCGGUUCUUGACUGGGCGGCGUCGGACUCGGACUCCGACGCGUCGUCCGACUGCCAUCCGGCGGCCGACAUCGAGGACGAGGUGAUCAUGGCGAGCGCCAAGGGGAGGAUUGCCGAAUUGGCAUCAGACAGGCCGCGCCCAGACUGGGUGCGCGAGCUGGAGGAAGGCCCCACCUGGGCGCCCGACACUUGGGCCCCACCGCCCAGUCUUGAGAUGUCAACCGAUGCAGUGCUACUGCCACUGGUACCAUCGCCAUCCGACGCUGCCACAGUCGCUGGCGCGGGAAAUGGCGGCGCCGGUGGGCCCGCCGUCAGCCGUGACGGGGUCCUCGUGACCGGCGGGAGCGACGGCGGCUCCUGCCGUGUCCGCGGCCGUUGCUGGUGCGAUGAUCGCCGUGGGUACCAUAAAUGUGGGUCUGGGAUUGAUCGGCCUCCUUGUUGGCCGCCGUUGGCCGUUGCGUCCGUGCUGGUGUCAUGUAUUCUAUCGCAUUUGAUUCAAUCAAUGAUUUUGUUUCAGCAAGCAGACGGUGAAUUGAUACUAUUUUUUGUUACAGUUUCUGGUUCUGUUUUUUUUACAGCGCAGUUUCUGGUUCUUGUUUCUUUGGUGGUUUUGACUUUUGACUUCUGA